AUGAAGAAUCUCAUGAACUAUAAUAAUACCGCGAUGAGACUUAGAAAAUAUAGAGUGUUUGUGUGUGCUUGUAUAGUUAUUUGUGUGUACUACUUCUUCGGUGUAGGCGAUUAUUUGUACUCGAAGAGUUUCGAGGAAGAAUUUGAUUACCCACUAAAUGUCGACCUAAAACCUAUAGUCGACGAGGUACUAUCAGGAAAGAAACCUAGACUCUCCCCUAUUAACUACUACCCAUAUAGAUUUCUCAGCAAUUCGGGAAAAUGCAACACAAUAGAAAAGUUAGAUCUGUUUAUUAUAGUUAAGUCUGCUAUGCAGCAAUUUGGUCACCGGUCAGCUAUUAGGCAGACGUAUGGCCAGGAGAACCUUAUACCAGGCAGGAUAAUCAAGACCCUAUUCUUCCUAGGCAUAAACAAUAACCCAAAAUCAGAUAUACAGAAACGUAUAGAUGAAGAGAUGGCUCAGUAUAAGGAUAUAAUCCAAAUAGAUUUCCAUGACAAUUAUUAUAACAAUACAAUAAAAACAAUGAUGUCAUUCCGUUGGCUGUACGAGCAUUGCUCCACGGCUGACUUCUACUUAUUCACAGAUGAUGAUAUGUACAUAUCUGUUAAUAAUUUACUAGACUAUGUCCACGAUCAAACUGCAAUGCAGCAGAUUACAGAAAGAGACAACGAUGUGUCAACGAGAAAGGAAGAUAGAGAUAACCAUCUAUUUGCCGGUUACGUCUUCAAGUCGACGCCGCAGAGGUUUAAGACGAGUAAAUGGAGAGUUUCUUUGGAAGAGUAUCCUUGGAAUAAAUGGCCGCCGUAUAUAACUGCUGGGGCUUACGUCGUGUCCAAUCGGUCAAUGAAAGUUUUAUACGUGGCAAGUUUGUUUGUAAAGCACUUUAGAUUUGACGAUAUAUAUCUAGGCAUUGUUGCUAAGAAAGUGGGCAUAAAACCGAAGCACUGUAACCAGUUUCACUUCUAUAAGAAGAAGUACAGCAAAGCAGCGUACGCUGAUGUUAUAGCGUCUCACGGAUAUGAUGACCAUGAUGAACUGAUAAGAGUUUGGACUGAGCAGAAUAAAAUAGUUUGAUUUA